CAGAAAACCUGACGCCUCUCUUCCACUGCAUGUUUGGCUGUUAUUGAUAGAAUCCAAUAUUUCUUUUUUGGUUUUAUUUUUCCGCAUUUGGAUCUCGGAAUGACUUAGCUGACUGAAAACCAUCUUUUCUUUUCCUUUUUGGAGUUAAAAUGUCUGGAGAAUUUAUCAAUGGGAGUUACGAAGGCUCAGCGGGAAUCGGGUUCAACUUCAGCUGCGUUUUCAACGCGACGAACACCAGCUCCUCCGCGGGGAACUUCCACCUGUCAGACUUCGACAGAAGUGAGGCUGUGGGAGACGGAGCUGCCGCUGUGAGGAUUACAAUAUCUGUCAUCUACUCUCUGGUGUGCGCGCUCGGUCUGGUUGGGAACUUACUGGUCCUGUAUCUCAUGAAGUCUAAGCGCGUUUGGAAAAAAUCCUCCAUCAACCUCUUCGUGACGAGUUUGGCAGUGACAGACUUCCAGUUCGUGCUGACGCUGCCGUUUUGGGCGGUGGAAAACGCGCUGGACUUCACGUGGCUUUUCGGCAGAGCCAUGUGUAAGAUCGUGUCCUAUGUGACGGCUAUGAACAUGUACGCCAGCGUGUUUUUCCUCACAGCGAUGAGCGUGGCGAGGUACUGCUCCCUCGCGUCUGCGCUCAAGGGCAGGAGGCGGCGGACGCGCUGCUGCUCCGCGCGGUGCAUCACCGUUUUCAUCUGGUUCGCCGCCGUCUCCGCCGCGCUGCCGCACGCGGUUUUCUCCACAACCGUCACAGUCUCCAACGAAGACCUGUGCCUGGUGAAAUUCCCCGAGACCAACGGCACCAGCACGCAGUUCUGGCUGGGACUCUACCACUCUCAGAAAGUGCUGCUGGGCUUUGUGGUCCCCCUGGGCGUCAUCUGCGUCUGUUACCUGCUCCUGUUGCGCUUCAUCACCUCCAAAAACAUCAACACCUCCAGCGCCAAACGACGCGCAAAGGUCACGAAGUCCGUCACCAUCGUGGUGCUGUCCUUUUUCCUCUGCUGGCUGCCCAACCAGGCCCUGACAGCGUGGGGCAUCCUCAUCAAACUCAACGUGGUUCACUUCAGCUACGAGUACUACACCACACAGGCGUACGUGUUCCCCGUGUCCGUGUGUCUGGCGCACUCCAACAGCUGCCUCAACCCCAUCCUGUACUGCCUGAUGAGGCGGGAGUUCAGGAAAGCGCUGAAAAAACUCUUCUGGCAGAUCACGUCGCCGGCUCUGACCACCAUACGACCCAUCACGGCCACGACAAAGCCAGAAACGGACGAGCAAGGACAGGUCCUGGUCCCCGUCAACGCCCCCGUGGAGCCCGCUGUGGUGUUUUAUCCUCCGGGGGCAGUGAUGCACAGUGACAGGCGAGAUCUUCCACAAAACAGCACUUAGUCCAAAAACUGAGUUGAUGUAUUUAUUUCUGUGUAUUUAUGUGUUCAUUUCACUUUAUUGCCGAGUCCAACCUGGAUCUGGAUCAAGGUUUAAAAGUGCAAACAGCGGCACCUUCAUCAUCCUCUCCGUCACCUGCGUGUGCACGGCUCGACAGAGUGGCGCAUGUUUUCUGUUGCAUUAAAUGGAAAAGAGGAUUUUAAAUGUGCCACCUCAUCUAAUGACAUUAUUAUUAUUAAUAAUAAUAAUAAUAAUAAUAAUAAUAAACAUAAAGAUGGACCUUUUUCUGUUCAGGAUGAGAAUGGUUACACUCAGGUGGACAGUAAGUUCAUUCAUCCAUUCAUUCAUUCAUUCAUUAAUACACUACACUCUUGUGUUACAUUAAUGGAUACUGUAUAUAAAUCCACAUGGGUUCAUUACAUUGUAUUCCAUUCCAUGCCAGAAAAUCAGAAGUGGAAAUGAAUGAAUUACAUUUACUCAUGUUACUGUAAUGGAGUUGGUUUUUUUGUAAUUUUACUUUUACUUAAGUAUGUUUCUUUGGAAGUACUUUACUUGGCUACAUUUUAAUUCACAUCCGUUACCGAGUAAAAAUAAAUAAAUGCACACACUGAAAACUUUGGCAGUGAAUGAUGAG